GCGGGCAGACCAGUUUUGUCAUUACGUACACAGAGGCUUGGCUGAGCUGCUAUAAACGAACGCUUCUCUUGAAACCCAACACUAGGUCACAGUCAGGAUGUGUUCAGAAGAUCUCGAGUGUGGAAUCUGUUACGAACCCUACAACGCGGCUCAGCGGUGUCCCCGGGAGCUCCGCUGUGGACACAGCUUUUGUGAAAGUUGCCUCGUGGCUCUGUGUCUGGACGGCUCCAUCGCGUGCCCUCUGUGCCGCCAAAUCACACACGUGCCCGUCGGUGUCGCGAUGGUACGAGCGGUCCUGCGAGUGGACGAAUGCGUCCUGGAACGGAUGAUGUCGGCAGGGGUUUUCCUCGGUGACGACAACGCAGCUGAUGAUGACACAGACAACAGCGAUGAGAUUAACGAGGAAACGCCUGACGCGAGCUGUCUGGAGGAGACUGGUGAAAGUGACUCAUCGUCUGGUUCAAGAGCCGGCAGGUUUCGGCAGUCGUUGAAGAAAAUGUGGAGACUGAUCCUCGGAAUCAAACCUCAGGGUGACAGAGAGCGCGAUUGUGUCACCGACGAGGAAUUCAGGGACUUUGCCAUUAUGUCAUUCUACACGUUUUGACGAGUCUACUGCCUACUUGCCGCACUUAAUAGCUGGACUAUGAGCAAGGCAUCCGCAGGCGACUCAGCAUUUCAAUAGCCUAUGUCAAUAUAUAAAUAUGUGCCAAAGGAGGUCUUACACUUAUGGGUCUUUAUCACUGUAUAUUAACUGUUGUUUUGACUGCCUGGAUAUUUCCUUGAAUACCCUUUU